GCCGGGGCUCUUCCUACUUCCGGCACCAUGCCAGGAGCUGCUGCGACCCUCUCCCCUUCCGUACACACGCCGAGGGUUCUGAUCGUGCGACGGCCGGAGACUCAGCGGUGAGGAGGAGAAAACCCCGGUACCGGAGACUGGAGGGAGGUGACCUCCUCUCUGCAUUUGUCACAUACUGGAGCAGCCCCAAUGUUAUCUGAUGAGCUAGAGUCUAAACCAGAGCUGUUGGUGGAAUUUGUGCAGAACGUCUCCAUCCCGCUGGGAGAAGGCCUUGUUAAGACGGAGUCUAAAGACCUGACCUGCCUAUCCCUGCUGCCCGAGACGUCAGAAUGUGGCUCAAUGCUGCUGCCAGGUGCUUCCGGGGCGGUGCGACUAUCCUCUAAGGGGCCAGGAUCUGGAUUACUGAACAGCCUCCAGGUGGAUAUUGAUCACAGCACAGACACCAGAGACGAUAAGAGCGGAGGCGCGCUGCUUUCUCCCUCUGAGCCUUCGUCGCUGCUACAAGACCUUCCUGCAAAUGAGAACUCCUCCUUCAUCCUCCUCAAUCUAGCCAGAUCAGGACUAGGCUCGCCGUCUGAGCACUUAGUCUUUGUCCAGGAUGAAGCUGAGGAUUCUGGGAAUGAUUUCCUGUCCAAUGACUGCACAGACAGCAGCACCCCUUGGUUCCUGCGGGUUCAGGAGUUGGCUCACGACAGUCUUAUUGCUGCCACCCGGGCUCAACUGGCAAAGAGCGCAAAGAGCAGCAGUAACGCUGACAGCACGCUGAACGGCUCCCCCGAGGCUGACGCAGCAGCCACGCAUCCGGAGAAACGCCUCCGCUGCUCCUUCCCCGGCUGUGAACGCGCCUUCGUCUAUAGGACACACCUGAAAUAUCACUUGAAAACCCACAGAAACGACCGAUCUUUCAAGUGUCCCGCAGAGGGCUGCGGGAAAAGCUUCUAUGUGCUCCAAAGACUGAAGGUCCACAUGCGUAUUCACAACGGGGAGCGGCCGUUCCUGUGCUCGGAGCCUGGCUGCGGGAAGCAGUUUACUACAGCCGGCAAUCUGAAGAACCACUUGCGCAUCCACACCGGAGAGAAACCAUUUCUGUGUGAGACCGAGGGAUGUGGCCGCUCGUUUGCAGAGUAUUCCAGUCUCCGAAAGCACCAGGUUGUCCAUUCAGGUGUGAAAUCUCACCAGUGUCAGGUGUGUGGGAAGAACUUUUCUCAGAGUGGAAGUAGAAACGCUCAUUUUCGGAAACAUCACUCGGGGAGAAAGGAAGAUCACAGUAACACUGCAGAACAUCUACACCUGAGCGAGGAUGCUCUGCAGGACAGUCAGCUUCUCUCUGUGGCGUCGGGAAGACACUCUUAUGAAGAGUACGUCUCCAUUCUACUAAAUUAACGACACUGGACACGUUUUUCUUAUUUAAUUCUUUUGACUGGCCAUAGCAGCUAGUCUACUGGAACUAUUUGCUACAAGAUAUAGUUUUCUAAAGAACAGAACUUUGUGGAGUAAGGAUCUCUGACCUGGAGGUGGCGAUGACGACUAUGAUCGCACAGUGCCUGCAACGAUCGGAAAUCUGUUCCUGGUGGAAGUUUUACAGUCACUGCGGACAAGAUUGAGUAAUAUAUCUUGCAGGCUCAUACAGAUGGAAUAUUCGGCAGCCCUGGAAGAUGACUCUAGAAAGGCCACGUUCCUUUGUGUCUUUCAGAUUUACAACAAAUGGCGAAAGCAACGAGGCUGAAGUAUAGCAACUGCUCAGCAUGUAAACUUGCAUACUAAGAACGGGCGUUCUCCCUGUAAGAGGGCGUAUACAGACCACCACCGUCUCCGCUUAGCGGGUAACAUGCCAUGUCGAGGAAGGGAGACUGGCUGAUUCUACCAGGGGCCAAAGUCACAAACAUUGUGGUUGUAAAAUAAAACCGAAAAAUAGGACGAAAAAAAAUUAAAAGGUUUGGUUUAAUGUGCAAUCCAUAAAUGUUUCACCAAUAUUA